GCAUUGAAGGCCACUGGACUACAGACAUCAGAUCCUCGGCUCCGGGACUGCAUGUGCCAGAUGCACCGCAUGGUCCAAGAAUCCAGCAGUGGUGGCCUCUUAGACCGAGAUCUCUUCCAAAAGUGUGUGAGCAGCAACAUUGUGCUCCUGACCCAGGCAUUCCGAAAGAAGUUUGUCAUUCCUGAUUUUGAGGAGUUCACGGGCCAUGUGGAUCGCAUCUUUGAGGAUUGCAAAGAGCUCACUGGAGGCAAAGUGGCAGCGUACAUUCCUCAGCUGGCCAAGUCAAAUCCGGACCUGUGGGGCGUCUCCCUGUGCACUGUGGAUGGUCAGCGGCACUCUGUGGGCCACACAAAGAUCCCCUUCUGCCUGCAGUCCUGCGUGAAACCCCUCACAUAUGCCAUCUCCAUAAGUACACUAGGCACUGACUAUGUGCAUAAGUUUGUGGGCAAGGAGCCCAGUGGCCUGCGCUACAACAAGCUCUCCCUCAAUGAGGAAGGAAUCCCCCAUAACCCCAUGGUCAAUGCUGGUGCCAUUGUCGUCAGCUCCCUGAUCAAG